AUGCCCGGCUCUGAUUCAAGUGAUGAGUUUAAUGAUGAUGUCUUCAUCGUGGACGUUGACAGCAUCCAAGCUCAUGGGAUCGGUGCCGCCGAUAUCACAAAAUUGAAGACCAAUGGCUUCCAUACAGUUGCUUCCGUUCAUGGGGCUACCCGAAAGACCCUUCUGAAGAUUAGGGGCUUCAGCGAGGUCAAAGUUGAAAAGAUCAAGGAUGCUAUCAACAAGUGUUUGCCAUCUGCGUCUGGAUUUAUCACGGCAAUGGAGUUGAGCCAUCAGCGGAAGAGAGUCGUUCGUAUCUCAACAGGGAGCAAGCAAUUUGAUGCUAUCUUGGGAGGGGGUUUCCAAAGCAUGAGUAUUAGCGAAGUAUUUGGGGAAUUCCGGUGUGGAAAGACACAGCUAUCACAUACUAUGUCCGUUGUCGCACAGCUUCCAAAGGAAAUGGGCGGUGCAGACGGUAAAGUUGCUUAUAUUGAUACGGAAGGCACGUUUAGACCGGAGCGUAUCGCCCAGAUUGCCGAACGAUUCGGCGUUGACGCUGACUCCGCUCGAGAGAAUAUUGUCUAUGCGCGGGCUCUUAAUAGUGAGCAUCAGCUGGAGUUGUUGAAUAUCCUGAGCAAAGAGUUCACUGGUGGAGAAUACCGUCUCCUGAUUAUUGACAGCAUUAUGAAUUGCUUCCGGGUGGAUUACUGUGGGCGCGGAGAACUCGCGGACCGUCAGCAAAAGCUUAAUCAGUUUCUGAUGAAGCUCGCUCAUAUGGCUGAAGAAUUCAAUGUUUGCGUCCUAAUGACAAAUCAAGUCCAGAGUGAUCCUGGUGCUAGUGCCCUCUUUGCGGGUGCAGAUGGACGCAAGCCUGUGGGUGGCCAUGUUUUAGCGCAUGCAUCCACAACUCGAGUUCUCCUUCGCAAAGGCCGCGGCGACGAACGUGUUGCAAAAAUUCAGGACUCACCAGAUUGCCCGGAACAAGAAGCGACCUACGUGAUCACUAAUGGCGGUAUCAAUGAUCCCGAUAAGGUGUAG